AAGUUCAGCUUCAAGUCCAUACGCAUAGAUACGUUGGCAAGGUUCUGUCGCAACUGCACUCGAGCGUUUUGGAAGGGGCCCGCACUUUCGCGGUUCAAACAUAAUCCAACCAACCAUUCUGCGGAGUAUUCCGACUCCGAAUCAAAUAUAUCUUUAUAGCCAAACAGUAUUUUAAGCAAAAAAAAACGACAUUUAUUGUGCUAAAAGUCGAACACCAUUAAUUAUUAACUUCAUAGCGAUAUUUAAAAUAAUAUCGUACUUAAAUUUAAGUUAAACUAAAAUCACUAGAUACGAAAAUGCGAUCCCUUAUGUGUUUAUUAAGUGUGUUUGUGUUGUGUUAUUUGCAUGUUGUUUGCUGUGCUAAUGAAGCAUCGGAUAUUCAAAGGAUAUUUCUACCAUGCAAGAUGUCAUCGCCAGAUUUCGAUCUAUGUAUGAAAAGAGCAUUCAACAAGCUUCGACCGUAUUUCAAAACAGGUGUACCGGAAAUGGGCGUCGCACCAUUUGACCCUCACUUCGCAAAGGAAGUGAAGCAAUCUCGAGCGAUCCGUGGUGUCGGGUACACGCUCACACUGAAUGAUGUGUUCGAGAGGGGCUGGACACAGUCGACAGUCACCAAAUACAAAACGGACUGGGAGAAUCAGCGGAUCAUCUACUCCCAAUAUUUCCCAGAGAAAUGGCUCAAUGGCGAUUACGAAUUCAAGGGAGACGCAUUCGGACUGGGCGUAAUACGGUCCGGACGUUGGAACCUGACGCUGCGCGACUACUCACAAACGACGCGUAUCAAAAGAAACGGCACUGGACUCGAUGUUCAUGUCGAAGUCGAUCAUAUUGGCGACAUGGAGAUACAUGUCGGGAACCUACUCAGAGGAAAUGGGAUACUCGAACGUAUGUUGGACCGUCUAAUCAACGUUACCUGGAAGCCGGGCUUCGCGGUAAUCAGACCGCUCAUCAACGACCUGGUCAGCACAGCUUUCACGGACAUCUGGAGCACGUCCUUUAAGAAUUUUCCUCUCGAGAACUUCAUUAAACCAUGAUAUUAGUCAAAUAUUACCUAUUACUUACCUAUUCAUAAGUGGAUAUUAAUCUUAAGAUCGAACAUCAAUGAGUACAAAAUUUAGAAUGUAAUAAUUCAAAUUGCAAAUCUAACAUAGCCUUACUGGUGAUGGUAGAGCAUAUUGUAAGCGUGCAAAGGUAGGAAACACUAUGCUGCCGAUUUCUGCCACGAAGCGUUAUGGAUUCAGAUUCCAUGGGUAGAACAACUUUUAAAAAAUACAAAUGACUUUUAUAAUCUUUUAUAAGAAUGACGUUGUAUAGAGCCAAAGACAGACAUGACUAACGUAGAUCCAAGAGUAUGCCUCUAAUGUCAACAUAAUAUGAAUGUAUAAUACUGUAUUUAUUUAAUAACUAUUCAUAAACAAAUUACUUUACGCGAGCAAUACCGCCACAAAAUGUUUUGUAUGAAAAAUUACCUAUAUAGUUUAUUUUUGCUAUUAAGGGACAAUAACAUCCGAAUUAUACAUACAUACACCUAGUUUCAUUUAUCAUGAAAAUUGUGUAAGGUACCUUACCUUCAUUUUAAAUGUUAAUAUUGGUAAAUCCUAAUCCUUCAAUAAUCAAGCUGUAACUCUCAUGUGAACAAUAAAUCAAAUAAACUAGUCAUUUUAUAGA